AAUUGGAGUUUCCGUGAUAGCAGACGCACAAAAUCAAAGAUGAAGCUAUACUUUUGUAUUUUAAUUUUCUGUGGAUAUUCGGUUUUUGCAAUAGCUCAACAAAACUUUAGUUCACACGAUGAUGAUUCAUUUCGAAAGCCUUUCUCGUCUGCACCAGAAGUUUGUGCAGCUAGUGGUUGUAUUCGGGGAAAAUCAGAAAGUGGACGAAAGAAGCCCUAUGAUGCAUUCUACGGAAUCCCUUAUGCUGAACCUCCUAUCGGAAAAUUGAGAUUAGAGAAUCCAGUUCCUCAUUCCGGUUGGUCAGGAUACUGGGAUGCUUCCUACGCAAGGGAUAAUUGUUACCAGCAGAACUUUCAUGUCUCCGGUGCUCCCAUAUCAGGAUCCGAAGAUUGUUUAUACCUCAAUGUCUACCGACCGAUUGCUAGGAAAUCUAAUAAGAAAUUACCAGUGCUUGUGUAUAUCCAUGGUGGUUCUUAUUGCGCCUAUUCGUCAGAUCCUGGAUAUUUUGGACCUGAAUAUUUUAUGGAAAACGGAGAAGUGAUCUUGGUAACCCUCAAUUAUCGACUUGGCCUAAUUGGGUUCCUCUGUUCUGGGGAUGAAGCUGUUAAAGGGAACUUUGGAUUGAAAGAUCAGCAAAUGGCUCUUAAAUGGGUCUCAACGAAUAUUGAAUACUUUGGUGGAGACGCCUCUUCAGUGACUCUUGCUGGUCAAAGCGUUGGAGCAGCUUCGGUUCAUUUGCAUAUGAUGAAUUCCGUAUCCCAGGCUCUUUUCCAUCGAGCCAUGUUACUUAGUGGUACAGCCAUUUCUUCCUGGAACUAUCUAAUUAACUCAGCGUCACAAUUUCGUCAAGUUGCGAAAAAUAUGGAACUCAGGAAAUGGGAAACUGCAUCAACUUACGAUUUAGCCUAUCAAUUCAAAAAACGAGACGCCCUUGAUCUUGUCUUAGCUGUCAGCACUUUGUUCAUCUUUGCGGCAACACCGCCUGUUCCCGUUCGUCCUUGCAUUGAGGGCGAUUGGGAAGGUGCUUUUCUUACCGAAGAUCCAAGAAAGGUUUGGGCUGAAGGACGAUUUGUCCAGAAACCAAUUGUUAUAGGAGUCACAUCCGACGAAGCUACAUUUUUUUCCUCCAUACCAACAAAUCGGACACUGAGAGAUGCAUACAAUGCAAAUAUAUAUGGUAUAGUUCCGGGUCUAUUAGAAAUUCACCCUAGAUACGCUACGAAAGUUUUGGACUUUUACUUCGGAGACAAACACGAACUUGACGGCACAAAUUCAAAAACUUUUUAUGAGAUGGGUACUGACAGAUUGUUCUACUAUCCAGUAAUAAAAUUAGUAAAUCAGUACUUAUCAUACGCAAACGUGCAGAAGAAUCCGAUUUUCAUUUAUGAAUUCAGUUUUGAGACCACUCAAUCAUUUGUCAAGUAUUACUCUGGACAAGACAUCAACUUAGGAGUGUCUCAUUCAGAUGACUUGUUCUACCUCUUCACGAUGACAACGCUUUUCCCAAAAUUUGAAGUUGAUACACCGGAAAGCAGAAUGAGCGACAUCUACGUUCGUUCAAUGGUUAACUUCAUUGCUCGGGGAGAGUUCAAAGCUUGGAGAACUUUUAGACCUUGCACGCAACAAACUUCAACCCCUUUCUGUGACUAUCAGAUCUUUGAUCGCUACAUGGAGUCGGAUCCCGAUCAAGCAAUUGUUUCUGUUUCGAAUGAAAUAAAUUUGGAAAUGGUCAAACUAUGGGAUGAAGUCGACUACGGUGUAAAUGCCAUUUCUUUAAGAAACUGCGAUGAUUGAGAAAAUGAGAAAUGUUAAAUCUUAUGCGAAGUGUUAAAAUGUACUGUAUCGUCUGCAUGACCAUUUACAAUUAUCCUCAAAUAUUGUAAUCCAAUUUUGCAAUCCAUCAUAUUAAUAAAUAAAGAAAUUGAAAU